CUUUCCCUGCCCGGUCUUCUUCUUUUCGCUUCUCAGUCCACCCCUGUUGAAUCAAUUGUUUCGCCAUGUUCUCGCUCCGUACCGCCCACAGACUCGGCUCUAAGGUCGCCACUCCUUCCACCCAGCGCUGCAUCUCGACCCUUGGUCGUAGCAUGCUUGCCACUAACCCUGCCGCUCUUGCUCAGAAGGUUGCUUCCUCAUUGGUCAGGCCCUCUGUUCGUACCGCCAUUGCAGUCCCUCGUAUGGUCAUUCGUCGCACCAUGGCCACCGAUAACAAGUUCUCACGUAAUAAGCCUCACGUCAAUAUCGGAACUAUUGGUCACGUCGAUCACGGAAAGACCACUUUGACUGCUGCUAUUACCAAAACUCUUGCUACCAAGGGUCAGGCCCAGUUCAUGGACUACAACCAGAUCGACAAGGCUCCUGAGGAGAAAGCCCGUGGUAUCACUAUCUCGACUGCCCACGUUGAGUAUGAGACUGAUAACCGCCACUAUGCCCACGUUGACUGUCCUGGACACGCUGAUUACAUCAAGAACAUGAUUACUGGUGCCGCCCAGAUGGACGGAGCCAUCAUUGUCGUCGCUGCCACUGAUGGUCAGAUGCCUCAGACCCGUGAGCAUCUUUUGCUUGCUAAGCAAGUCGGAAUUAAAAAGUUGGUGGUCUUCAUCAACAAGGUUGAUGCAAUUGAUGAUCCAGAGAUGUUGGAUCUUGUUGAGAUGGAGAUGCGCGAUGUUCUCACCACCUAUGGGUUUGAUGGUGAGAACACCCCCAUUGUCAUGGGAUCUGCUCUCUGUGCUUUGGAAGGACGUAACAAGGAGAUUGGUGAGGAUGCCAUCAUGAAGUUGAUGGCUGCUGUUGAUGAGCACAUCGAUACCCCCAUCCGUGACUUUGAAAAACCAUUCUUGAUGCCUAUUGAGGAUGUCUUCUCUAUUUCUGGUCGUGGUACCGUCGCCACUGGCCGUGUUGAGCGUGGUACUAUCACUAAGGGUGCUGAAAUCGAGAUUGUCGGUAUGGGCGCUAGCUUCAAGACCGUAUUGACUGGUAUUGAGAUGUUCCACAAGGAGCUUGACCGUGGCCAGGCUGGUGACAAUAUGGGCGCGUUGUUGCGUGGUGUUAAGCGUGAGCAGCUCCGUCGUGGUAUGGUUUUGGCCCAGCCCGGCACUGUCAAGGCUUACAAAAAGUUUGCCGCUUCGUUGUACAUCUUGACCAAGGAUGAGGGUGGACGUCAUACUGGAUUCUUGAAUAACUAUCGCCCUCAGAUGUUUGUGCGCACUUCGGACGUCACUGUGACCUUGACUCACCCUGCUGAGGAACAGGAUGCUGAAAAGAUGGUCUUGCCUGGAGACAACGUCACCAUGAACUGUGAGCUCGUCAACGGAGUUCCAUUGGAGAAGGGUCAGCGCUUCACUAUUCGCGAGGGUGGUCGCACUGUUGGCACUGGUGUUGUUGCUGAAUUGAUCGAGUAAUUCCUUUUUACGCACAACACACACAUUUACACAUGCAUUCACUCAUACAAACCCCCAAAGAACGCCUUGUUCGUUUACUCAAUUCACUCAAUCUUGUUACCGGCAACAUUAAUGCAUGCGUUGUUUGGAUCUAAGAAAGCCAUAUGUAGAAUAAAUAAUCAUAC